CUCACUCAAGCCUUCUCUGUGAGCACUUAGAUGGAAUAGCAGCAUUUUCCCCUCUUUGGUGUCACUGGAGGAGGCUGGAAACAAGGGGUUGCAAAGCAGAAAAAAAAGCAGGAUAAAUCAGAUCUUCUUCGAGUGGGACGAAGGAAGCGCUCCGAGAAGGCAGCGGUGCCUGGCCGUGGUUCCUGAGUGCUGCAGUAAUGGGCAGGCCGGAGGGGUUGGCCAGGCCACCUCUGGUGUCAGCUAUGGCAUUUUCCCUCCUGGCUCUCUCUUUCCUCUGCACCGGCGUCUCCAGCCUCCCACAGCCUCUGCCAAGAGUCUUCCUUUCCUUCGAAGACCUGCAGGCCUCCUUGUCCUUUGAACACUACAGUAUAUCAGACAAGCCCAUGGACUACAGGAUCCUGCAGAUGGACGAGGAUCAGGACAGGAUGUACGUGGGCUGCAAGGACCACGUCCUCUCCAUGGACAUCAACAACAUCACCCAUGGCACGCUUAAGGUGUUUUGGCCAGCCUCUACAACCAAGAUAGAAGAAUGCCAAAUGGCAGGCAAAGACCCCACACACGGCUGUGGGAACUUCAUCCGGGUGGUGCAGCCUUAUAACAGAACUCAUCUGUUCAUGUGUGGCAGUGGAGCGUACAGUCCUGUCUGUGUGUACAUCAACAGGGGCCGCAGACCAGAGGAGCAAGUAUUUCACAUCGACUCCAGGACGGAAUCAGGAAAAGGGAGGUGCUCCUUCAACCCUCAAGUGAAUACAGUCUCUGUCAUGCUCAAUCAGGAGCUGUUCUCAGGCAUGUACAUUGACUUCAUGGGGACAGAUGCUGCCAUCUUCAGGAGCCUGACCAAGAGAAAUGCAGUGCGGACAGAUCAGCACAACUCUAAGUGGCUUAGUGAGCCCAUUUUCAUCGAUGCCCACCUGAUACCCGACGGAACAGACCCCAAUGACGCCAAAUUGUACUUUUUCUUCCGCGAGAGGCUGACGGAUAACAGUGGAAAUACUAAAAAUAUCCACACCAUGGUGGCUAGAGUGUGUCCAAACGACAUCGGAGGACAGCGGAGCCUGGUGAACAAAUGGACCACUUUCCUCAAAGCCAGGAUGGUGUGCUCCGUUCUGGAGGAGGACGGUACUGAAACCCACUUUGAUGAGCUUGAAAAUGUGUUUUUGCUGGAAACUGAUCAGCCCAAGGGCCUGCUGGUGUUUGGAGUCUUCACAUCCACAAGCUCCGUGUUUAAAGGCUCAGCAGUGUGCGUGUACAACAUGGCGGACAUCCUCACCGUCUUCAACGGGCCCUUCGCUCACAGAGAGGGGCCCAACUUCCAGUGGGUGGCGUUCCAGGGACGCAUCCCUUAUCCAAGGCCUGGAACUUGUCCCGGUGGAGCCUUCACACCUGACAUUCAGACGACUAAAGAGUUCCCAGACGAUGUUGUGACCUUCGUACGGAACCACCCGGUCAUGUUCAACCCCAUCUACCCGGUGGGGAGGAGACCCCUGGUGGUCCGGACCAAUGCUGACUACAAAUACACAUCGGUGGCUGUGGACCAGGUCAUGGCUGCUGAUGGAAACUACCAGGUUCUCUUCCUCGGCACAGACAAAGGUACAAUACAGAAGGUGAUUGUGCUGCCGAGCAAUCACUCCCUGCAUGAAGAUCUGAUCCUGGAGGAGCUGGAAGUGUUUAAGAACCAAGCUCCUAUUACAAAUUUAAGAAUAUCCUCCAAAAAACAACAGCUGUACGUCAGCUCCGAGUUCGGGGUCUCGCAGGUUUCCCUGCACCGUUGUCACGCUUACGGCUCGGCCUGCGCUGACUGUUGCCUCGCCAGAGACCCCUACUGUGCCUGGGACGGCCUGAGCUGCUCCCGCUUCUAUCCCACCGGCAAAAGGAGAAGCAGGCGGCAGGAUAUUAUGCAUGGAAAUCCACUUACUCAAUGCAGAGGAUUCAAUUUAAAAGCCUACAGGAACGCAGUGGAGAUGACGCAGUAUGGCGUGAAAAACAACACCACCUUCCUGGAGUGUCUUCCCAAGUCUCCUCAGGCAUCUAUUCGCUGGCUUAUCCAGAGGGACAACGACAGGAGGAAAGAGGUAAAGCUGAGUGAUCGCGUCCUCUCCACCGAGCAAGGCCUCCUCAUCCGCUCCGUCCAGCUGUCCGACCAGGGCCUUUACUACUGCCUGACCACGGAGAACAGCUUCAAACGCACCGUCGCCAAAAUCCGCCUGCGCGUUCUGAGCGAGGCCAUGGUGAGCGUGCUGACUGACAAGCAGCAGUCUCCGUGGGCAUGGGCCAGCUCUCUGCACCCCAAGACCCUGUUGUCAGCCUUCAGUCCUGCAGAGACCCUGGCUGUGCAACAAUACUGCAAAGAGAGGAAGGAGCUCCAGAAUCUCCAGCAGAGGCAGCAGCAGCAGCAGCAGCAGCAGCCGCCGCCCGGACCACUCAGGGGGGAUUUGGCCAAACUCAAGCCGCUGCUGGACCGAAGGAAGAGCCGCAAUCGACGCAACCACCUCCCGGAAGACUGACACAGGGAGCUGGCAGCUGCAGAAACUGACUCGCAUGCCUUCCUCUAAUCCUAUACCCCUACAAAGCAGUUUACAGAGCCUCAUUUUCUCAUCUCAACCGCAGAGCUGCACUGUGGAUUGUACAGUAAAACGAGGAGGUGGGUGUGGGGAGUUCUGUCUUUUUCUUGCAUGAGGUACUGUGACUUGAUGGCCGUGACGUACACUAACACACAACCACGAGCCGUUCAUUCGCUGCCACAGUCACAACACAAACUGAAGCGGCAAACGUUACGACCGCCACUAUUAACUGCGGUCUCAGCUGAUUGUCGUUCACGCUGGGAUGCAGCUGUGUCGUCAUAUUCUAAAUAUCGGGGUGGAGAGUGAAGCAGUCGCGUAGAAGCUCACAACGGAUUCGCAAUUUGAAGUCAUGAUAUUAAAUGAAUGUGAUUGAAAAGGGACAAAGGGAGACAGAUGCAUGUUUGACAGUGAGUGCUCUCGCUCCAUAAGUAUUACAGUAGUAUUUUAUUAGAUUCUAGCCACAUUUGAAUGUUUAUUUUAUAACUAACCAAAAUGUCUCUCUUCCAGGAAAACUACAGGGGCUUUGUGGGUACAUGAAGGGUAAUAACAUACUGUUUACAAUAGUGCUGGUUAGACAAAACAUAGAUGGCAAUUAGACCCAAUAAAAAGUGUUGUGUUACAACGAUGAAAGCUAAAAAUGUAUUAGUUCAGAGGCCAAAUUUUAAAUCCAGAGCCAAUUCCCAAAUAGAAAUGCUAAAAUUUAGUCAAACAUGAAAUCCCACGUGAGUUCUCUCCAAUAUUUAUUCCUAUUACUCAGAAAAUGUGCCUCACUGCAAUCCAGCUGUAUCACAUUUCCCAAGUUUCCAGCACAGAAGCAUGUUUAUAGAAUUCAUCAGUAACAUAGAGGUCUCUUAAUCCUUGCUCGGGUUCGAUUUUAGCAACCAAGCUAGCAGAUACGCACAUUUUAGUUAGUGUACAACUUGGAGGUUUACAUGAUGAAGCUGAUGCUGACCGUAUCCCUCGAUGGAUUCACAUUCUCUACAGCAACGUGGACAUGCUUUCAUUAGAAGUAGUCUGUGAGGUAGACCAUUUGACAUAUGUGAAUAGGCUAUUUUUGUUUCCGAAGUGUAGCUGAUGUAGAUAGAGAUUAUUUGUCGCUUGUGUACAGAGUAUUUUCCUCUCAUUUGUUUCUUUUAAUUUAAUGCUGCGCCGGGUUUUGUGAAAAUGUGUUUUCAUUGUGUACAUAAUUUCAGCAUAUUUCACCAACUAACUCUCGACUGUAUCUGCAAAUUGCGGAGAUAUACGGUAUUAUUUUCAUUCUGAGAAAAGACUUUCAAGCGUGUACCUUCCCCCGUGCAGAUCUCUGCUUCACGUUUAAUAAAACUGUGUGAUCAGCAUCAUGUCAACUUCAACUCAGUGUAAUUUUAGUGUUAUGAAACAUAUGUAUUUCUAUUUAUUAAUGCCAUGAUAGCCUGAAUAAAUAUGUUCAGAUGAAUCUCAA